AUGGCAAUCAACAAGUCUGCAGUUCUGCUUGGUGUGGUUUUGGCCUCUCUCCUGCUCGGCUUCCAGGACGUUGUGUAUGCCAGGGAGCUCACUGAAGCCAAUGACUCUGGAGUGAAGAACGUGGAGCCUGCAGGAGAGCCUGGACUCAAGGAUGAGAAGUGGUUUGGUGGAUACAAGCAUGGUGGUGGAGGGUAUGGAAACAGUCAGCCUGGAUAUGGCGGAGGAAACAACCAGCCUGGGUAUGGUGGAGGAUACAUGCCUGGACAUGGUGGAGGAUUCAAGCACCAUGACCAUGGUGGUGGCUAUGGGUCUGGAUAUGGAGGCCCUGGAUGUGGAUGUGGAGGUGGGUAUGGCAGUGGCCCGGCCCCGGGAUACGGAGGUGGCAAUGGUAAUCCUGGAUAUGGAGGUGGCAAUGGUGUUGGUGGCACUGGCGGAGGAAAUGGCAAUGGUGGUGGGUACGGCGGAGGUGGGGGUUAUGGAGGUGGAUACGGUAGUGGCACUGGUACUGGUACAGCACAAGGAGGCGGAUAUCAUGGUGGUGCUGGACACUAUGGUGGGCGGAACUAA